AAUGGAUCCAAAUAAAUUCAUAAAAUAUUAACCUUAUUAAAUGACAGAUUCUGUAAAGGCAGGUGGUCUUUUCAGCCCUCAAUAGUGUGAGUAAUUAGCAAAAAAAAUUCUUGAUUUAUAUGAUGAAAAUAAAGAUGGAUAAUUAGAUUUGUUGGACGUAAGUCAAAUGCAAUAAGAUUGUUAUAGAGCUAUGAAUAAGAAUUAUAAUCCAACACCUACUGAUAUAGCUGCAUUUACUAGAAAAAUGGAUAGUAUAAAUAUAAUUAACAUUUAUAGCAAAUGGUUAAGGGAGAGUAGAUGAAAAAAAUAUAAAUUCUUUAUGCAUGAAAUAUCUUUCUACAAUGGUUUCAAGCAGUAAUUCUUAAAUAAAAAUUGAAAAACCUCUUUAAGAAAUAAGUGUAAAAAUAUAACCAUCUGAUACUUCAAAUUAGGUUGAAAUCUAAUUACAGUCAUCUAGAUAAGAGGGUAACUAAUAUAUUUAUGAAAGUUAUAACAGAAAAAACUUAAGAAGCUCCAAAAGUAGAACAAAAUCAAAUAUUAAUUAAACCAAAAUAAGAGGAAAAACCGAUUUAACCUGUCUAAAAACCUGUCUUACCAGAACCAACAAAGACUGUUAAAAAUACAGAACAACCCUAAUAAUCAAAUCCUGAACCAAAAUAUACAAAGAUGGUUCAGGAUAGACUAAAAGUGGCAAGGAGGAUUUUUACUUAAAUAGAUUCUGAUUAAAGUGGUUUUAUUACAGAAACGUAAUUUAAUAAAUUAAAAAUAGAGAAGUACCUAGUUUGCUUAUUGAAACGUACAAAUAAAUGGGAAUGACAAUUGAACCAACAAAAGAGGAUGUUGAAUUAUGGAUGGAAAUGGCUGACUAAGAUAAAGAUGGAAAAGUUUCUUUAGUAGACUAUGAAGAUUUAAUUAUUAAAGGUUUACAACAGUAAGGAAUUAAAUUGGAAUGA